GAGCGCGGCUGUAAACAGACAAACCCGCGUGACGAUUCAGUCUCCGAGGCUCGAGCUGCAAGGAGCGACACUGGGAUACGAGAUGGCAAAUGAAGCAAAUCCUUGCCCUUGUGACAUCGGAGACAGAAUCGAGUAUGGUGGUCUAGGAAAGGAAAUACAGAUUGAGCAUGUCCAAGCUUAUAUUACAAAACCUUCCGCUGACACAGAAAAAGCUGUAAUUGUAAUACAGGAUAUUUUUGGAUUUCAACUUCCUAAUACUAGAUACAUGGUUGAUAUUCUUGCUGUAAAUGGAUACACGGCCAUCUGUCCAGAUUUUUAUCUUGGAAAGGAACCAUGGAAACCUACAAAUGACUGGUCACAGUUUGAAAAGUGGCGAGCAGACAAGGAUCCUACAAAAAUUAACAAAGAAGUGGAUGUGGUGCUGAAGUUUUUAAAAGACCACUGCAAUGCUAAGAGGAUUGCUGUUAUUGGAUUUUGUUGGGGUGGAGUUGCUACUCAUCAUCUGAUUCUACAGUAUCCUGAACUAAAAGCUGGAGUCUCACAUUAUGGGAUAGUGCGGGAAGGAGAAGGAAGAUAUGACCUGAAAAGCCCGACAUUGUUUAUUUUUGCAGAAAAUGACCAGGUUAUUCCACUUGACCAGGUUGCAUCCCUAGAAGAGAACCUAAAACAAAAAUGUCCUGUUGAUUUUAUAGUCAAAGUUUUUCCGGGUCAGACGCAUGGAUUUGCCCAUCGGAAGAGAGAAGAUAUCAAUCCUCAGGAUAAACCUUUCAUUGAAGAGGCAAGGACUGAUAUGAUAAACUGGCUCAACAAAUAUGUCUAAAAAUGCAGCUGAAUCACAAUGUCAAAUGAAAUGAAAUGACAACACCUCCUCUUCCUCAUCCUCCUCCUCACAAUCUACCUUGGUAUAUGGAAUUAAGCAAUAUUCUUAAAAUUAUGAUAAGAUUUGAAGACAAUUUUUACAAAAAAUAGGAUUGAGAACAUGUUGACCCCCACCCGUGAGAGAGAGCAUAGUCAACGGGGUAAAGCUUAAUGCUUGUAAAACAUACCUAAAUUGAUGAGUUUGAUAGGCCAAUAGAGAUGAAUGGAGAAGAAAAAGAAAUGCGGAAAUAAUUG